CAAUGAAUAGCUGUUAAUUAUCCGACAAUUGGCUGCUCUUCCAGCGCUAUCUUGACUCAACAAUCCUAAUUUUCCAUAAGCAUCCUCUUAAUUUAUCAGUCAAAUAAUUGCAGUAUCAUUUUCAUCCAAGCCGAUCGAACGCAAGCAAUACGAAAAAAAAUCCCACCACAGCAGUGAGCUCAAUCUCACGCUCGCACGAAUGUAAGAAGAAAACCUCGCUUCAAACGAGGCGGAAGAAGACAUGAAACUGAACCGAGCCAUACCUGUUCCCGAGUCCCAAGACAACAACGGCCGAAACCGAGCGAUCGCGCAUAUACACCCUCGCAACAGCCCCGGGUGGUUGUGGAUGCCUCUUGCGCACGAGUCUCCGUCGAUUCCAAAAAUGCCUACGCUGGACAUACCCAGCACGGAAGAAUACGAAAGAAAAAAAAAAACACCCAACAGCCCAACAGCUCUCCCAUGGCACCGGUGAUCACGGUCGGUCCUCGCCGUUUGUCGAAACUGGAAAGGAAAGGGUCACAAAGCAUAAGAGCAUAAAUGCUGCGCGCACACCCAUACAUAGUAGAGUCCCAACAGGUUUCCAGCCAGCGCCUGCGACCAUAGCACCUCCAUCAACCGUCCGUCCGACCAGGUAAAGGCGGAGGUGUUCUCUUUUUCGCGUUCUGCUCUCCCUCAGCGCUGCGGUUGUUUCUGUUGGACGGACCCGCAAAGUCUCAACUCCGGUGCUAAUCCUCUCGAUCUCUCCCUCUCUUAACGCAGGAGAAAAAAGCACAGAAUACAAGUUUUUCGGUUGUAUCUUUUCCGUGCUGACUUGCUGACUUCGGAGAGUCCGUUCGAUUUCGAAGACGCUCGAGAGAGUGAGCCGCGGCCAACAAGCGACCGACCGAAUGACUCUUGAGCGGUUGUGUGUUGGUUCCCGGUUUCCUCCCAAAGCCCAGGUUCGCCGAGCUGGCUAACUUAACACGGGCAGCAGGCAGGUCGCGCGCGCGAGUAAAAAGCCCAUCCAAGUGUCUAUAUCAUAGAAGAGAAAAAGUCCGUGUAUCAGUAUGCAGCGCAAUACGGUAGACAGCAGAACUACAUGAAAGACGACGACGGUGACGCGGAGUUGAGACCAGCAGUCACGGUCUCCGGUGCCAGAAAGUCACAAGUGUCUUCCUUGGUGAGAGGGUGCGCGCGCGAAUUACCCAGUUUCCGGUUCCGGCCAGUGUCAAUCCAAUUAGAAUCCUAAACAAUUGAACGUUAUCCUGGACAAGGUGAGGGUGUGUAGGUGUUUGCUGGAGGGUUGUGUGCAGAACAGUGGAAGUGAAUCGGAAGACAAUCCACCAAAGUGACCGAGAAGGAGUGACACAUCUGUUUGGAUAGGUUGGUUCUGGGCUCGAGAGCUUAUCAACGCGGAUGAUAAGGUCGUCCACAAUCGUUGUUGAUUCUGUUUGUAGUUGCCGCCUCUUGUCGUCAUACAUGUGUGAGAAGCAGGGCAUGCGCGUGGUUAAUGUAAACAAUUAGCGGUUACACGAGAGAACAAAUAGACCUUGAAGUGCGUCGGAAAUCCUGGCGCAUCGGAGCACGAAUCUUGCCCGAAGAUUGACGAACCGCCUGUGCGGUGUGAAUUGAGUGAGUGUUAAUAGGAUUGUGUUACACGGCGGCGCUAGCGAUGAGAUCAUAACUUGGCAGGAGAGCAGCCGAGUGAUUAAUUUACAUCAAUUUCUGGUGGUUAAUCCGAGCUUGAUAAAUACUCAAGCGUGCCGAGGUAGUGGUGGUUGAUAAAUGUUAUUGGAAACCGUCGGCCAAGCGAACGUGAUGGAGCAAUCGAAUGAGUCAGCCGCUGUUGGUGCCGGUGGGGCCACAGCGACCAGUAAUGUGGCACGAAGUUCACAACCGGGUGAUUUUGCAGCUGCCGCGGCUGUGGUGCUUUCGCUGCAGAACAACAUGUUAACCAGUUUGCAACAGGCUGCCCUCAUGCCGGCCAAUUCUCCCGUUGCAGCUGCUUUCAACCUUCAGGCACUCGAAUCAUAUCUCACGCUACAAAGAAUUACCGGAAAGUCGGAUGUGCUCCGGCUAUCCAACCGUACCCCGUUACCCUCGAUGCCUCUGACCUCCUCGGUAUCGACGUGCACCUCCACCACCGUAACAAGUGCGGACGAUAUGCUAAUGGACACUCAACCGGCGACGGUGCAACAGCUGCUACAGAACAAUGAACUUUCUGAUGAACUCCCCGUCCUAGACCAGGACGAAGAUCUCAAUUUCGACGAGCCAAUGCAUGACUCGACAUCCGACGGUAACUCUCUGGACAGCGGCUACCCCAGUCUAGUCCUCAACGCUGCCUUCCACCAGCAAAUGAGCGCCGAUAAGUUCAAAACUCUGGCAGCGACGGCAUCUUCCUCAAGUUCAGCCGCGGCCGUCGCUGCAGCAGCCGCCGCCGCCAGCUACGUGGCAAGUUCGGCAGCCGCCGUGGCAGCGGCAACCUCCAAAAAGUGCGCAUCCACUCCCUCCGCUACCAUUACCACUCAGCAGCAGGGGCAGCAAUCGUCGGCCGUCGCCAUUGCGGCAGCGGCUGCGGCCAGUCAGCGACCGAAGAAGCAGUUUAUUUGCCAGUUUUGUAAACGUCAGUUCACGAAAUCGUACAACUUGUUGAUCCACGAGCGAACGCAUACGGACGAACGGCCCUACUCGUGCGACAUUUGCGGCAAGGCUUUCCGUCGGCAGGAUCAUCUCCGCGAUCAUAGAUACAUCCACUCCAAGGAGAAACCCUUCAAAUGUCUGGAAUGCGGCAAGGGAUUCUGCCAGUCGCGAACGCUGGCCGUCCACAAGAUCCUGCACAUGGAGGAAUCACCGCACAAGUGCCCGGUGUGCAGCCGAAGUUUCAACCAGCGAUCGAAUCUUAAGACCCAUCUGCUAACGCACACCGACAUCAAACCGUACCACUGUGCCGCUUGUGGAAAGGUUUUCCGGCGGAACUGCGACCUGAGGAGGCACAGCCUGACGCACAAUCUGGGCGCGACCGGACUAGGGGGUGCCGACGGUGUGCCGCUGGAUAUGAUUGCCGGUGGAUCCGGAGGGCUGGGCGCCAACUCGGAUUCGGAGACGAACACGAUCGAUCUGAUGGCGCUGGCAGGGGUGGAUUGAAGUGAGUUUUGAUUGGUAGUUUUGUUUUUUGUCCUAUUUAAUGUAGGUUAUUAGCUUGUAAGGAUAUGUUGACAAUUAGUGAGAUAGGUUUUAUUAGGCGCGCGGCGAGGUUCGUCGCUUGUGUACUGCACUGCAUUUAACGAAAUCUUCUGUUAUCAGUUUUCUGCAAAUUUGUGAUGGAUCGUUUGAGGUUAAAACAAAUAUGCUUCGACUAUUUUGUAAAUGCUUACAAUUAUGUAGAAAGCCAGUUGUGUAACUCUAUCUUCAGCGAUACUGUGAGACUCAUGAUUUCGUUCGUAUAUCAAAAUAAGUUUAGUACCAGAUCUUUACUGCUUUAACUGCAUUUCUGUAACAUUCAUAAAGAGCAAAUUUCGGAUCACUUGUAAGAAACAAUAGUUACACUAGUUUUCAGCAUUUUUGAAAUUGGUAAGCUUAUGAUCAUUAUUAGUGCAGAAUCAUGUCCUGAGUUUGGGAACGCGAAGGAAUAAAAAUGCGGUAUAGAGCAAUUUCAGCUCAAAGCACGAAUCGCGUAGACGUGUUCUUGUUCAAAUAAAUUAAAUUUUGCUCACGUAUGAGCAUCAAUCUGAAAAUAUUUCUCAAAUUAUUCAUCUCCUAAUUUAAAAAAAGGCCGUGUGCAAAAAAUCCUAAUUUUCUUCUUCAAAAAAUUAUGACUCGAAAACGGUUUGCUCGAUUGAAAUGAUGUCUUCGUAGAUGUUUGAGAAUAUUUAAAGGAUUUUUAGAAAAAAAAUACACUGAGAGUAAUAUUCUUCGCGGAUCUAUGUUAGGUGUCAUAUAAUUUCAAUUUUCCAAAAAUCUUACCCUUUGUUUUUUAUUAUUUUUCAGUAGACUGACUUCCAGCUUCAAAAUUUGCUAAAUAGCCCUGGUUGUCAAACACUUUUAACCUAUUUUUUCUCAAUCUUUUAUUUUUCAUUGAUUUUUAAAAGAAGCGGAAAGAAACAUUUUCCAUUAUUUUGUGGAUACCAAACAUAGAUUCUAUGUCAAGUUUGCAAUUCAUACAUUGAAAUAUUUUUAAAUAACAGCAAAGUUAAUAUAAAAUAAAUAAAUGAAAACUAAGCCACAAAACAGGUAAUGAUUCUGCGGAAUAGAAAGCCAAACUGAACCCGAGCGCACACCAUGAACAUUCCUUUUGCCGUGGGUUCAGUUUGGCUUUCUAUUCCACAGAAUUAUUGCCUUUUCUGUGGCUUAGUUGGUUAAAGCACCGGUCUAGCGAAUACGGGGUCGUGGGUUUGAAUCCCAUCAGAACGCGAUUUUUUUCACACAUUCAUCUCGCAAUUUGUCAAUUAAUAACAUUCUGUGCCUUCUAACUACAAGUUUUUCUGUAUGUUCAUGACAUACCAGUAAGUCUGGCGAAUGCCUGUAAAGGGCAAAAUAUAUCAGCGCAUCCUAGGCUACUUGGUAAAUUUUGAUGCUGUGAGUCAGAUUUCUACAGAAAAAAAAAGAAAAAAGGGUAAUAUUUUCAUAAAAUAAAAUUAUAUUUCAUCUUAUAUGGAUCCGCAUAUAACUCUCAGAGUUAUUUUCUUCUAAAAGUCCUUCAAAUAUCCUGGAACAUCUUCGAAGACAUCAUUUUAAUUCAAGUAACUGUUUUCGAGUUAUUUUUUUUUUG